AUGGUGAUCGUAAAAUCGAUUGUAUUCCUAAUCGUUAUUAUUACGAAUUUAUUUACGCUUUCGGUCUCUCAAAGGAGCAGAGAGAUACCGUUCUCUAGUUGCAAUGAAAACGCAAAUUUCACUAUAAACGGUGCAUACCAAACAAAUCUUGACGAAGCAUUGUCAUCCGUGAUCACCCAUGAUCCCAACAACACAUACGGCUUCUACAACCGGUCUGUUGGUAACACACCCAAUCAAGUCAAUGUGAUCGCCCUAUGUAGAGGUGACGUUGAACAAGACGAGUGCCAGAGGUGCAUAACGAAUUGUAGUUCAACGUUAAGAGCGUUAUGCCCUAACCAAAAGGGUGCGAUUUUCACAUAUGAGAGGUGUAUGCUAAGAUAUUCUGAUGAGACCAUUCUUGGCAAUAGAAACAGCUGGGAAGGAUGGGACUUGGCACACCCUCAAAACGCAUCAAACAUGGUCCAAUUCAAUCAAAGGCUCGAUCAGUUGUGGGAACAACUAAGAAGUGAAGCUUCGAGCGGUGGGUCUCUCCGUAAAUAUGCUUCCAACGAGGUAGAUGGCCCGAGGUCGAGCAAGAUUUUUGGGCUCAUGCAAUGUACACCGGAUUUGUCUCUAACUGAUUGUGAUAAUUGCUUGAGUGAUGCAAUCAACCGUAUACACAUUUGUUGUGAUGGUAAACGUGGAGCACGAGUUGUAUAUCCUAGUUGCAAUAUUAGGUAUGAACAUUACCGCUUCUUUAAUCCUACGGCGAUUCUUGAACAACCACCAUCGUCACCAUUGCCACCAUCGUCACCGCUGCCACCAUCAGGCAAGCGUAAUAGCACGACGAUUAUGGUCGUUGUCGUCGUUGCAACCGUUAGUGUUCAGUUAUUGGUGGUGGUCUUCUUUUGUGUCUUCAUAAGAAGAAAAAGGAAGUUGCAACCAGAGAAUUUGGCUCACGAAGACGUAGGUGUCGAUGAUAUUAUGACAGCCGAAUCGUUGCAAUAUAGCUUUGGUGUUAUUAGAGGAGCAACGAAUGACUUCUCGGAGAACAAUAAGCUUGGACAAGGUGGAUUUGGUUUUGUUUAUAAGGGUAAGUUACAAGAUGGACAAGAAAUAGCAGGGAAAAGGUUGUCAAAGGAUUCAGGACAAGGCGAACUGGAAUUCAAGAACGAGGUAUUGUUACUUGCAAGGCUCCAGCAUCGGAAUUUGGUUCGUCUCCUAGGGUUUAGCCUAGAAGGGUCUGAACGGCUUUUGAUGUAUGAAUUUGUACAAAAUGCAAGUCUAGACCGCUUUAUAUUCGAUCCAGUGAAGCGAGCAACUCUAGAUUGGGAAACACGAUACAAAAUAAUACGAGGUGUUGCAAGGGGACUUUUGUAUCUACACGAGGAUUCACGACUAAAAAUAAUUCAUCGAGAUAUGAAAGCUGGUAAUGUCUUAUUGGAUGCCGAUAUGAAUGCUAAAAUUGCAGAUUUUGGUAUGGCAUGGUUGUUCACACCUGAAGAAACCCAAGGCAACACUAGUCGUAUUGUUGGAACCUAUGGAUACAUGGCACCAGAGUAUGUAAUGCAUGGACAAUUUUCAGUUAAGUCGGAUGUCUUCAGUUUUGGUGUAUUGGUACUCGAAAUUGUAACGGGUCAAAAAAACCAUAGUUUUCAAAAUGGAAUGAUGACGGAAGAUCUUCUCAGUCAUGCAUGGAAAAGUUGGAGAGAUGGAACGACUACAAGUUUAAUUGAUCCUACACUGAGCGACGGUUCUAAUUCCUUACCUGAUAUAAUCAGAUGCAUUCACAUAGGUCUGUUAUGUGUUCAAGAAGACGUUACAGAGAGACCAACUAUGGCUUCCGUUGUUCUCAUGCUUAGCAGCCUCUCUCUAACGCUCACGGUCCCUUUAGAACCUGCUUUUUUCGUGCGUACAUUCAUGAACUCCAAAAACCACUUUUCUGAAGAGUACACUUCAAGUACAAAUGAUUCUCGCCCUUUAGAAAGUAAGUUCGGAUCUUCAUUACGUUCUAUAGCAUCUUCACAACGAUCUAUAGCAUCUACACAACGAUCUGUAGCACAUGAUGUUUCUAUGAACGACUUGUAUCCCCAAUAA